AUGUCGACCGAUGCCGAGCGAGCCGCGCCUCCUGCGCCGGGCAACCCCAUCGUCUUUUUCGACGUCGGCUUCGCCGGCUCGCCCGCACCGACGUCCAAGGGCGCCAACCGCAUCGUCUUCGAGCUGUACGCCGACCGCGUGCCCAAGACGGCCGAAAACUUCCGCGCCCUCUGCACGGGCGAAAAGGGCACCAGCGCUUCGGGCGCCAAGCUGCACUUCAAGGGCAGCGGCUUCCACCGCGUCAUUGAAAGGUUCAUGAUCCAGGGCGGCGACUUUACCCGCGGCAACGGCACCGGCGGCGAGUCGAUCUACGGCGAAAAGUUUGAGGACGAGAACCUCGAGGGCAAGCACGACCGCCCCUUUUUGCUCAGCAUGGCCAACGCCGGCCCGGGCACCAACGGCUCGCAGUUUUUCGUCACGACGGUGCCCACGCCGCACCUCGACGGCAAGCACGUCGUCUUUGGGCGCGUGCUGCGCGGCAAGGGCGUGGUGCGCCGCAUCGAAAAGUCGCCCACGGACAACGACAAGCCGGUGCAGGCCAUCACCAUCGACGACUGCGGCCAGAUCCCCGAGGGCGGCGACUACGGCAUCGAGGCCGACGCGACGGGCGACCGGUACGAGGAGUUUCCCGAGGACUACGACCAAGAGGACUGCGAGGCCCGACCGGAGGUGUGCCUGCGGAUCGCCAACGAGCUGCGCGCGAUAGCCAACGGCGUGUUUGGCAAGCAGGAGUACGCGACGGCGCUGGCCAAGUACCAAAAGGCGCUGCGCUACCUCAACGUGCACCCGGUGCUGCCCGACGACAAGCAGGGCGACGCGGCAUUCUGCGCCGAGUACACGUCGCUGCGCACGCCGCUGCAGCUCAACUCUGCGCUGUGCGCGCUCAAGCUGACGCCGUCGCCCGACACGCGGCUGGCCGAGACGUGCUGCACGGGCGUGAUUGAGAGGCUGGGCGGCAGCGGGUGGGGCGAAGCGGCUGGCGGCGAGGGGACGUCGGCGGCGCCGUCGUCGUCGUCGUCGCUCGACGACAAGACGCAGGCGGAGCUGGCCAAGGCCUACUUCCGGCGCGCGCUGUCCAAGGUGGCGCGCAAGGACGACGAGGGGGCCGAGGCGGACCUGGGGCACGCGCUGCAGCUGGCGCCCAACGAUGCGGGCAUCAAGCGGGAAAAGGCGGCGCUGGUCAAGCGCAGGGAGGCCAAGGUCAAGGCGCAGCGGGCGGCCUACUCGAAGAUGUUUUCCUGA